AUGUCGACGCACUCUAAAGCAUGCUGCACCGUCCCUCCAAUUGUCGCCAAGGACUACACUCUCAAAGGAACCUUCGCCGAAAUUGGCGGCCUUAGAACCUAUGUUACCGGCAACAAAAAUGCCAAAUUUGCCGUCCUGUCAUUAUUUGACAUCUUCAGCUACUCCCCCCAGAUCCAGCAAGGCGCCGAUAUCAUUGCUGCCUCUGGAGAUUAUCUCGUUGUGAUGCCCGACUACUUCAUGGGCAACAUCCUCGACCACACCCUUUACCCCCCAGAUACCCCCGAGAAGUGGGCUAUCAUUAAAGCCUUUGUCCAUGAUUGGGCCGACUUUCAGAAGGGCAUAGAAAACACCAAGGUGUUUCUUCCUGCGCUCAAGGAACAAUAUAAGUCCAUUGAAAGCAUCGCAGCCGUCGGCUUCUGCUGGGGCGGAAAGGUCGCGGUGCUCAUGUCUGGUGAAGACACACCUUUCAAAGUGACAAUCCAAGUUCACCCAGGACAGUUUGAUGCGGAGGACGCAAAGGGUGUGACAAUCCCGCAUAUGAUACUUGCAUCCAAGGAUGAGCCUGCGGAGGCGAUCGCUGGGAGUGCAGAGGCCCUUAAGAACUCUAAGGUCGAGGCCGUGAGGAACGCGGCUGUCGUUGAGACGUAUCCGACUAUGCCGCAUGGGUGGAUGGCGGCCAGAGCUAACUUGAGUGAUGAGGGGAAUGUGAAGGAGUAUGAGAGGGGAUAUAAGCAGGUUGUAAACUAUCUGCAGGAACACCUGAACGCUGCAGCGUAG